AUGGCAGCUAACACGCCCUCGGCGUCCACAGCCCCGGCCAUCAUCGACGACUCCCUCCCCGCCCGUAUAUCUGCGUCGUGCCCCGAAGACGUCAAGCUUAUCCUCCACCACGCCUGGGCCCACGAUACCUCCGACCUCAAGGCCCUUCUCGACGCCCCUGGCAAGGCGAGUCUUCAGGAUCCCGAAACCGGCGAGACACCGCUUCACGCCGCCAUCCGAGCCUGUGGCCCGGCCGACCCCUCCCCGGAUGCCGACAACACUGCCGCCGAUGAGGCCAAGGAUACCCUCCAAGAACUCUUUCUUGCUGGUGCCAUCUGGAACGAUGUAGAUCGCAACAACGAGACCCCCGGCUGCGUCGCGGACCGCCUCGGCCACCCUUCUCUCUACCGCGCUUGCGUCGAGGCUGGCGUCCGCGCCGAGCUCCUCUUCGGCCUGCUGGACGAGUACGAGGAGCUUUCCUCAGGUUCGGUCGAAGACAUGGAAAUCGUCGAGGAAGAAGAAGAUGGCGAUGAGGCCCCUAAACUCGUGGACGCCAACGGCCACGACGUCGCUAUCGACGAAGAAGCGAAGAAGACAAAGGAGCCUGACGCCAAGCCCGACGUCAAUUCGGAGGCGUACCUCGCCUCGGACCUUACGUACGACGACGUCAAGCUCGUCGAUGACGAGGGCAACGGCGUCAUGAUGGCGUGGGAGACUUCCAUCAUGCGCCGCUCCGUCGAUGUUUUGCUCCGUGCCUCCGCGUCCGAGCCGGCUCUCGCCGAGGGCAAGCGCGUGCUCAACGUCGGGUUCGGAAUGGGCAUCAUCGAUGGCAUGUUUGCGGAUACCAAGCCCGCACGGCACCACAUUAUCGAGGCGCACCCGGUUGUGCUGGCGCACAUUGACAACGGCGGCACAAACUUUGGCGCCGCGUGGGAGGCAAGCGGGCCUGAGGACGGAGCUUUCAAGGUGCACCGCGGCAGAUGGCAGGAUAUCGUGCCUCAGCUUCUGGAGGCUGGCGAGACAUAUGAUGCGAUAUACUUUGACACAUUCGGGGAGGAUUAUGCGCAGCUGAAGAUGUUUUUCACAGAAUACAUCCCUGGAUUGAUGGAACAGGAGGGUAGGUUUGGCUUCUUCAACGGCCUGGGCGCAGAUCGGAAGAUCUGUUACGACGUGUACACACAGGUUGUCGAGAUGCAUGCAACAGACGCAGGUCUGGAUUUGGAGUGGGAGGUGAUUGAUGUUGACCUUCAGGGUUUGGAAGAGGCUGGGAAGGGUGAGUGGGAAGGUGUGCGGAGGAGAUACUGGACACUCGACAAGUACCGGCUCCCGUUAUGCACAUUCAUGUGCUAA